AAUGUAGCUUAAGACCUCUUGAAGCAUCAGUUGUAUCUGCUCUGAAUUGCACCAGUCUUAUUCCCUUCUCUAGAGGGCUGGAGAUGAUCUCCAGCUGUCACCUAAGCUGCUUGUUAGUUGACUUAUUUCAGGUGGAGACAAUUUUGGACAAGGACAAUUUCACGUUGGAAGAGCUUCUUGAUGAAGAUGAAAUUAUUCAAGAAUGCAAAUCUCUCAAUGGGCGUCUAAUCAAUUUUCUGCGAGAAAGAGCCCAGGUUGAGCAGCUCAUCCGAUACAUUGUUGAAGAAGCUCCUGAGGAUGCUGAAAAGAGGCGAACUUUCAAAUUUCCUUUUAUUGCAUGUGAGAUUUUUACUUGUGAAGUUGAUAUCAUACUCAAAACGUUGGUAGAGGAUGAUGAGUUGAUGAACUUGUUGUUCUCCUUUUUGGAACCAAAUAAUUCCCACAGCACACUCUUGGCCGGGUACUUCAGCAAGGUUGUUGUUUGCCUGCUGUUGCGCAAGGCGGUUCCUUUCCUGACCUAUAUUCAGGGUCAUCAAGAAAUUGUCAAGAAGCUAGUUGACCUGAUUGGAAUUACAUCCAUCAUGGAGGUUUUGAUACGUCUGGUUGGUGCUGAUGAACACAUGUAUACCAACUAUACGGAGGCAAUGCACUGGAUACAAGAUACGGAUGUGCUAGAGAUGAUUGUGGACAAGUUCAGCUCGUCGGAUUCUCCUGAAGUGCAUGCUAAUGCAGCAGAGACACUUUGUGCUAUAACACGGUUUGCUCCACCUGGACUUUCUUCUAAGAUCUCCAGCCCAAGUUUUAUAGGAAGAUUGUUUCGGCAUGCUUUGGAGGAAUCACGGCCAAAGUCUGCUCUUGUUAACUCAUUGUCGGUAUGCAUAUCAUUGUUAGACCCUAGGAGGCUAACUUUGGGAACAUAUCAUAUGUAUGGACGUCAAAUGACUCAUGGAUCGACAGUUACUGCUAAUCCUGAGACUGUUGUGGGCAUGCUGGAGAGCCUAGGUGAUUUGCUGAAGCUGUUGGAUGUUUCAUCGGGGGACAAUACGCUGUUAACUACAUAUGGCAAGUUACAACCGCCUCUCGGAAAACAUCGUUUGAAGGUUGUAGAGUUCAUUUCAGUAUUACUUACGGUUGGUAGUGAAGCUGCUGAGAAGGAAUUGAUUCGUCUUGGAGCUGUACAAAGAAUUUUAGACUUAUUUUUUAAGUACCCAUAUAACAACUUUCUACAUCACCACAUAGAGAACAUAAUAGUAUCAUGUUUGGAAAGCAAGAAUGCUCCUCUUGUCGAACAUCUUCUUCGUGACUGUAAUCUUGUUGGCAAAAUACUUGAAGCAGAAAAGAAUUUCACAUUAGCAGCUGAUUCAGACAAGCCAACUGUCCCUGCUGAGGGUAGAUCCCAACCCAGAAUAGGGAAUAUUGGACAUUUAACACGUAUUUCUAAUAAACUCAUUCAGCUUGGGAAUAACAAUAGUGAGAUUCAGGCACAGCUGCAGGAAAACAGUGAGUGGACGGAUUGGCAGACAAAUGUCCUAUCAAAGCGUAACGCAUUGGAGAAUGUCUAUCAGUGGGCCUGUGGGCGUCCAACAGCAUUACAUGAUCGAAAUAGGGACAGUGAUGAUGAUGAUUACCAAGAUAGGGAUUAUGAUGUUGCAGCCCUUGCUAAUAACUUAAGCCAGGCUUUUCGAUAUGGCAUUUACAGCAACGAUGAGUUAGAUGAGGGCCAUGGCUCACUUGAACGAGAUGAUGAGGAUGUCUACUUUGAUGAUGAAUCUGCUGAAGUUGUCAUAUCCUCACUGCGUUUGGGAGAUGACCAGGAAAGCGGUUCUCUGUUUACAAAUUCCAACUGGUUUGCAUUCGAGGAUGACAGGGUUGCCACAGAUCGUUCAACUGGGUCUCUUGCUUCUCCAUCACCUAAUACGGCGGAGUCUAAUGCAAUCAAUGGUGGUGGCGAUGAUGAUGUCAUUGUUGGUGAAGAUGAUGACUUAGUUGACACAGCAACAUCUUCUCCAGAACCAGGAACAAAAGCUGAAGAUUCGGAAGUUAGCGUGCCCAACAAUUCACCAGAACUAGGAUCCACUGAAACUGACAAACCACCGGAGUGGGUUGAAUGGAGGGAGACUUCGGACUCUGGGGAACCAUCUGAUGCCCUACCAAAUGGUGAGCUUCAAACGGAAUCUCCAGAUGCAGCUAAAUGUUCUCCAUCAUCCUCUGAACCUUUGAUAAGCAAUGAUGAAAUUGUUACUGGACCUAAAGCUGAAUCAUCAGUUGAGGAAACUUCAAAACCUUCUGAGCCAUCAGAGUUGGGUAAUGUGAAUGCAAGUUCUGGUUCGACCACUUCUGACGCUGCAGCAGUGGAUGCAGGAACGAAAAGCACUCAGGAAGGGACUGCAGGUGAUAAAGAUGACAAGGAAGGGAACUAAUGUAAAUUCUUAAUGAUCAGUUAACUGGGCUAACUCAUUACUCGACGACAUUGAUCGGGUGGGAAGUUGAAUCUAGACACUGGUUGGUUGGGCUAGGCAACUGCAUUUAAAGGGCCUUGCGCGCAUCAUCAAAUUCAGAAGUCAGUGUUUUUGAAUAGGGCUGAUAUUUUUUCCCCACCUGUAAGAAAUUGAUCUGUCCUCUCUCUCUACCCCCCUCUCCCCGCUCUCUAUCCAUUUAAACAUUGAGGAAAAGGGAAAGGAAGGUUCUCGUGUUUGCGGACCUCGUAGCAAGUAAUUUUAUGUUUCAUCAAUUGUCUAAAGCUAGGUGUUACAGAAGUUGGAUUUUUUUUUUUCACAUGCUGCAUGUAUCUUUAGCAAGGACCUGUCAAUAUAUAUAGUUGCCCUCUCCCACUCCCUCUUCCUCUCCCAUUCUCUGAAUAUGAAAAUUUGAUUUCGGAAA